CAAGUGCAGAUCAUCCACAAUCAUCACCAAUGGUGUGUGAUCAACAGGUCGGCCUUUACUUGACAAAACACCACGAGUCGCCCUUGCAGAUCAGAAGACAUGUCAUGUGUUGUGUGAUUCCCUGAGUUUUUCUGAGUUCUCAAAACACCGAGUCGUGUUGCUGCUCCACUGAUUUCUUCCAUGAACGGUCAUCAAUCCAGGAAGUGUGGUCCUGUGGGAGAAAGGCAAGGGCCCGUUUUCGGUGAGGUGCACGGGACAUCGACAUGGCAGUUUCCCGGCUACGCCGCAAGCACCUCGUGAUCUGUUUCGGUUUACAACUCGUGUGCUUGGUCGCUCUUGCCCGCUACAUCGGCCUGUCGGUGUCGAUACACUUCGAGAGGAAGUCCCCAACGGGCACCCGGGAUUUAGAAAUACACCCUCGUGACUGUCCCGCGCAGCCCUGCUCGCACAAACAAUCGAUACUGAGUAGUAAACAAUCCACGUCGAAUAACCAGGAAUCGACACCUAUCAACCGGGAAUCUGAACAAUAUCCCAAAAACAGGAGUGUAACACUACACACUGAAGACAGUAUCGACAUUGGGAAGGAGUCGGUUGGGCUUGCACAGUCCCAAGCAAAGCACUUUUCCUUCCAGAAGUCAGUAUUCACCUGCUCGGUGGUGAUCCAGGGCCACAUCCCGGAGAAGGCUAAGCGGAUCGGUUACGAGGUGAAGGACUACCCGCGAGCGAAUAUCGAUGAAAAGACCGGGUUUUAUGAGCGGAGUCCCCCGGACACUUACAACUCCAGCAUCGAGGUGGAGGAACUCGACGAGAAGCUGCUCAAGAAGAUCAAGGACUACGUCCCACACCUCUUCAGCACCUACCUGCCCUUUUCGCCCGAGUACCGCAACCCCUGCAAGGUGGUUCCGGGCCGUGCCCGCUGCCUGCCGUAUUUCCACGUCCUGACGGGCGCCAAGAGCGGCUCCACCGACUUCUGGUACUCCAUGGAGCUGCACCCGCUGGUCUUCACCACGCCCAAAGAGCCACAUUGGUGGACGCGAGACGUAGCGCACUCGAUUAAGCCGUAUGAUAAAUCCUUCAGCCACUUUCAGGAAUGCAUCGAAACGGGGAAAGAUCCCAACAUCCGCAACUAUGUCACAGGUGACGGGUCCACAAGUUCGCUGUGGGACAACCAUCUCACCAUAAACUGGUCUGAUAGCAAAGGAUGGGGGAAGUACCCCACCGUGACGUUGGCGGACAUCAUCCGGGCUUUGACCCCCAACGCCAGGAUCAUCUUCCUGUUACGUAACCCGAUCGAGAGGUUGUAUUCGGAUUACUUUUACAUCUACGGCGGCAGGUCUGCUCAGGACUUCGACGUCAAAGUCAGGAAGCAUCUGAAGGUUUACGAUGACUGUCUGAAACGAGAAGACCAACGCACCUGCCUCUAUCGGAACAAUCGAGGCGGUGUUGGGCAUAGCGUACUAGUUGGCCUCUAUUACAUCUACGUUCAAGACUGGUUGAAGCGUUUCCCUCUUGAUCAAGUUCUGUUUCUGCGGAGUGACGACUGGUUUCAAGGCCAGAAGCCAGACAUGCUGCUCAAAACCUACCAUUUUCUUGAUAUCGACGUCACCCAGGAAGAAAUGAAAGACAUCCUGACGAUUGACACCUUGAAGAUCACCAUCGGGAGAGAGAACGUCUUGAGGUCGGCUUCCGGCCGGAAGAAGAGGAAUCCCAUGCUGCCGUCGACCAAGAAAUUACUCGAGGAACUCUACGCACCGUCAAAUAAGGCCCUAGCCAAGCUGACGGGAAAUGACGGGUUUCUAUGGAAAGACUGAACUCUUGCGCCCUCGUUUUGUUUCCUGCCUAACACCAGUGUACUUACGAACAUCGUAAAUCAAAGAUAGUGUUGAUGUUUAUUGUUUUAUUCGAAGGUGCUGUGUCCCUUUGUCAAAGAUUUUGUUGUUGUUGUUGUUGUU